GUGAUCAAAAAUUUGCUACAAUGUCAAAAAAUUGUUGACCAACUUACUUUUGAAGAAAAAAAUACAACAUUCGCACAGAAUUUGCCCUGAAAAUUGAAACUUCAAUCUCAAAUGUCAAGCUAUUCCAAACAUAUGUGCCUGUAACUAACUCCCAAAAAAAAAACAANAAAACAAAAAAAAAAAUUGAAAGCGAAAUUAUUAGUAAAUACAGGUUAAAUGAAACAAAAUGAAGUAACUGAUUAUUUGAAGUUUCAGAAGCUUGUAUGGUAAAAUGAUUCUUUAAGCGAUAUUUACCAGAGCUCAAAUUUUUGUUACACAUGGAUUUAAAAAAAAAAAAAAAUCAGCGAAAAUGGUAGGAAAAUUCCUUUUUAUCUUUUAAAGAUAGUGGAUUGGCAUUAAUUUUAUAUAAAAGAGGAGGAGAGUAUCUAAAGUGUUGAUGUUGCUUUAAUCUGCACAUAACCAAUUUGGAAGAGUACUCAAGCCUUUGACUAGUGAGGACGUGUUUUUUCUCUGAUCGACCAAUGCCGUAUCACAGAACAGCGCACUGCGGAAAGGUUUUCCCUUCCGGCCGCUCUCAAGUACUGCCAUUUGAUGAGUCAUCGUUAGAUGAUAUACUUGCUAACUGCCGGAUUCCCCCGCAAUAUAAUUCACCCGGAAACUUAGAGAAGUCUGAAAUUGAAGCCUUCUAUCUACAGUUUCCCUUAGAGGAACUGUACAAAAUUGAUGACUCUUUCCGAUAUUUCUACAGAAAGUAUCCUACUUUUGAUAGAUCUCAUCAACGUUACAUCACUCAAAGGAGUGAAAUUGCCCACUACAUCAUGUACAGAUUAAGCAGGCAGAAACAGGAGGAGAUGGAAUUAGCAAAGAAAGAAGACCCAAUUCCCAUAGCUCAAACAACUGAGAAAUUGGUCACAACCAAUGCUACUGAACCUGACCAAUACUUGGAACCUAGUGAGGAGCCUUCGGCCUCUGAGACAAAACCCCAGACAGAAAAUCCUAAGGAACCACCUAUCAGAAAGAGAAAGAGGAAUAAUAAUAAGAACUCAACUAAUGUAGACUCAACAAAGCAUACUAACUGUUCUUCUGACCCUCUAACUUCGCCAGUGAAACCGACUCCAGUCCCGAUGGAAACUCCGGAGGAGAGCACAGAAAAAGUCCCAGAGCCAUCCACAAAUGUUCAUAAAGCUCAACCUCCCAAGAACCUAAAAGUUCUCAUCCGAGGGCUUCCUUUGUACGGACUUUAGUACGGACAAUAUUUCCCUUGAAUUAGGGAAACAGAAUUUAGAAAUACUGAAAGUUGUUCAGUUAAAAAAGGAAGUGGGCGGGGCCUAUAGGCCACUCCCACUGUUCCUCCUCAUCAUAACAGAGAUGAGAACUACAUGAAGAUCUACCAUAUCGAAUUCAUUAAGGACUUUCCGAUUUGUGUAGAGAAAUUUCAUGGCGGCCGGUGGCCGAUACAGGGUUUUAGAUGUGAAGGCUACGGACACUCUCAGCGUGCCUGCACUUCCGAUCCAAGAUGUAUGAAGUGUGCCGAAGGGCACUACUCAUUCCAGUGCAAAAAAAAGCAAGAACAAACCGCCUACCUGCUGCAAUUGCAGUAAGGAUCAUACCUCGAACUUCUCUGGGUGCGAGGUCAGGCCCCAGGAGAAAAAGAUUCAACAACAAAGUUUCAACUACAGCUACCUCAGCUCAUCGUUUGAUUACACUAAUGAAAGAGUUACGAGAACUUUUGAAAAAUUAGGAGGCACUCAGCCUUCUUCAGACACUUCUUCAGGGGAAUACCCCAUCCCAAUGAUGAUUUUCUUCAGUGCAACGCAGGUCCAACAUCUGCAAUGAACUUAUAUUGUGUAGAUAUCUUACAAAUAUCUUGUGAACUUAGGACAUUAUAAUUUAGGACUUACUAGAUUCGAUGAAUCGGUUAGAAGCGCUUCGUGCUUAAUGCCGAGAUAACACCUAUUUCCAGCAUUCCAGCAUGGAACAGAUGCCCAUUGAAUGGGAUGAUGGUUUUAUCUGCUUAAUCUACAAAAAGGGAGAUUUGAUGGAUUGUAAAAGUUAUAGUGGAGGAGAUAAACAGAGGGCUCGCUAAGGCAAUGAAUGCCCUUUCAUGUGAAUGAUUAUGACUUUGAAACUGUUGAUGAAUUUAAAUAUUUUGGGACUACUGUUACCUGCAAAAAUGUCACAAAUACUGAAAUCAAUAGCCGUUUAGCAAUGGAAAACAAGUGCUACUUUGGUUUAAAACGCCAACUAAAAAGUGAAUUUCUUAAAAGACAAAAAUUAACAUAUACAAAACACUCUUAUGGCCUGCGAUCCUAUAUGGUAGUGAGUGCUGGACUCUUAAUAAAAAAGAGAACAAAUUGCUGAUAUUUGAGAGAGGGAUACUAAGAAGAAUAUUUGGUGCAGUCUAUGAGAAUAACAAAUGGUGCACCCUUUACAAUCAUGAGUUAUAUAAAACAGGCAUAGUUCAUGUUAUUCAGGCCAAUCGUAUUCGAUGUCUGGGACACCUUUAUAGAUCUAAAGACCAAAACCCGGCAAAAAAGUUAAAAAAAACAUUUCUAACCAUAUUUACCAACCUUUUUUUUAAACCUGGUUUAGAAAAGAAACUUUUUUUUAAACCAGAAGGUACAAGAAAAAGGGGUCGUCCACCGACUAGGUGGCUGGACGCAGUUGAGAGGGACCUAAAGAUAAAAGGAAUAACUAACUGGAAGACCAUGGCACAGAAUAUAUUAAGACGGCAAAACUUAUUGGGACAGCCUUGGCCUGCCAUAGGCUGUAGUGCCCAAGAAAAAGAAGACGAAUCAACUUGUUGUGAAAACUAGGAAGCAUAUGAAAAAGGUGGACUAAUGGGAAACCAGAUCACAUAUCUGCUUAGUAACUGGACUAUUUCUUCAUUUAAAUUUGAUGUAUCCCAACUGUAAAAUGACACUCAGUUCUGAUGCAUACAUUACACCAUACCAACAAGUAUAUGGACAACUGCUUAACAAUUCCGUAGAGAAAAUAACUGUUAAGAAUUGAAUUUUCCUCUGAAAAAUAACUAAUACUGAAACUGUGCACAAAAUGUGCAACAAACCUUUCGAUUGUCUGAUAAAUUGUCUGACACGACUAACAUAUAACUUUAGUUUUUCUUCUCUAUAAACAAUAGUGGCAAUCUAUAAACUUCUGACUAAAUAAUAGUGUAGAAUGUCGAAUAACAGAAACAAGGAAAUGGGGGUGAUUAGAAAUAAACAAACUUACCGAAGAAAGAUGUUUUAGUUUAUUUAUUACGUUCCUAUUUGUUUUAAAAGCUUGUGAUUAUUUGCGAAUUUUUAUUGAAUCGUUUUUAUGUAAGUAAGAUGAAAACUUUGUUAAACUUGCUUUGCUGUUUUUAUGGAGGCUUGUUCUAAAAGUAAUUUAUCGUUCAUUGUUAAUUUACAUGCAUACUUCAUCUGUAGUAUGCAUGUAAAGUGACAUUUGUCAUUUUGAUCAGUAAUAUAUAAACAUUAUUCUUUUUGCUGCAAAAUAACUGUAUUUUUAAAAAUGAAUUAUGUUGAUAGAUAAACAUUUUAAGAAAUGUAUAGCUCAAUUUUUUCAUUUAGUCUUAGUUUAAAAUCUGCAGCCAGUUAGAUCAUUAUAUAUCUUAAAUGUUUUAUAGUUUUAAUCAAUUUAAACAAAAGAAAAUCCAUUUGUCC